CUGAUUGUGGUACCGGAUGCGAUAAUGGCGGAAGCUGUACAGGACCUGGAACAUGUAGCUGCAGAAGUGGUUGGACUGGAAACAAAUGUCAAUCAGGUAAAAUGCGUUGCCUGGGUUUCGGUUGCGCAAUUGUUAGAGCAAGCGUCUUUUCAGGGAUUUUGUCAUUGCAUUUCAGAGCAAGUGCCUUUCAUCACUGGGAACGUGGAUUCGGUUCGCGCCGCGUACACAUAACACUCAUGUGAAAAGUGUUAGUUUUCUUCGGGUACUCGGGUUGCCCCACAGGGAAUGUUGAAAGAGAGGGAUGGGAUAGGCCUCAAGUAAACCCUUAAUAUAUUAUCUCACAGAAAGGUCCCUUUUCAAAAAUGCCCCCCCACGGGAAAAUCCUUAAAAAAGGCCCUGGCUGGAACUACCCUAACUUAGAAUUUCUUCGACUUGAUCAGGUUGAGAUGCGUCGUUUGCAAUACAUCUUAGUUCUCAGCUGCAAGUAAGGAUGAUUAACAUACCAACGGUUAACAAAAUGUAUUUUUUCUAUACAGUUGAUUGUGGUUCCGGAUGCAAAAAUGGUGGAAGCUGCACAGGACCUGGAAAAUGUAGCUGUAAAAGUGGUUGGAUUGGAAACAGAUGUGAAUAUGGUAAAAGUUGUUGCCGGGAACACCGCGGAAAAACGUCUGCGCAUGCGUCAACCUUACCUGUAAUAGUAUUGCGAACUUGAUGAGAAGCUGUUCCGAACGUUUCCGAAGGCUCAAAAUGGCGGUAAAAAGGAGUGACUUCAUUGUGCGUCUUUGCAGCCAGAUUCCGAGCGCAAAAAUAAACAUGUCAUUCUAAAAACUAGGAAUAAAUACAGCCAGAAAGUUCAAGAAAUUGUAUUGCACAAGAACAUGAACUAAAGGUGAUUGUUGACAAAUUUAUCGUCUGAAACAGUUUGUUUAUCAACUAAGCAACGACAGUUUCCGAAUUUUCGUUUGAGAUACAUUUCUUUAAAAAAAAACUGUGUCGCCAAAUGUAAAAAAAUCGUGUUCACAAUAAUUAAACUUUAGGAUUUAUUCUACAAUUUGAGUGGGUUAAGAAGCUUAAAUUUUCGUGAGUUGAAUAAUUUUGCAAAAAUUUUCGAAGUCGUGUCCGUUAAAAUCAACAAUUUUUUACAUGAAUUAUAUUUCAUUCCAUACUUUAAAUGCCAGGACGCUUUCAAUUAAUGUCUAGUCUACCCAUUUGCUGUAUUCUCUCGUUUGUUUUACUAAUUUUUGAUCAGUUAAUAAGCAUGUUUUUGUUUUAGAAAUUGAUAUUCAAAUUCCCCACCAUAUUUUCAUAAUUUGGUGCAUGCGCAGACGUUUCUCCGCGGUGUUGUUUGCCAGGGCUUUGGUGGAGCAAUUGUCAGAGCAUGCGCAUUCCUAUCGCUGAGAGUGUGGGUUUGGUUCUCGCCGGAGACACAUGAUACUUGUCUGAAAAUAAUUAUUCAACGCUCUACCGACAGUCGUCGUUUUUUUGUGGGUACUCCGGGUCUUCCCCGCAGGGAAUGGUAACAGAGUGGAUGGGAUGAGCCCUAGGCCUGGCAAAUAUUGACCCUACUAACGUAGCUGUGCUCCGUGGUCAAACGUGAGUCAAAAGGUGGCGGGCAGAGGCACUCUUACUUAUACUUCCUUAGACUUGAUCAGGUUGAACUGCUUCAUUCACAAUUCAGCUUAUAGCUCUCAGCUGCAAGUAAGAAUGAUUAAUUAACACCCCUCCCACCCACUUACUUUGGGAUGACCGAACAUAUAAACGGUUUAUACGAACUGAAUUUUCCUAAAUCUUGUUGCAUCGAUAGUAUAUUUUUAUUUCUAUGCAGCUGAUUGUGGUUACGGAUGCAGAAAUGGUGGGACGUGUACAAGACCUGAAACAUGUAGCUGCAGAAGUGGCUGGACUGGAAGCAAAUGUGAACAUGGUAAAACGUGUUAAUUCCUUUUCGCAAAUGUAGAUCAUAAUCUGGCUUUAAUAUUAUGCCCUCUAGUGCGCGGUUUAUGGAAGAUAAUGAAACUCUUGUCUAUAAGUGCACGGUACCAAUAAUAAAACGAGUCGCGUGCGUUUAUGCAUGGUGUGAUAAUUAUAAUGCACGUAUUCUCCCAGCAUUUCCCAAUCACACCAUAAACGCACGAGACGAGCUUUUUAUUUCUUUUAUAAUGUACUGUUUAAUAAACGAGCAGGAGUGUUUUAUUAGGUUUAAAGCCACGAGCGCGCAGCGUGAGUGGCUUUAGAUCUAAUAAAACACGACCUGCGAGUUUAUUAAACGGCUUCAAACACGACUACAAAUUCAAUAGAUUUACUGCCUUGUUAGUAUUCUUUAUAUAAAGAAUACUUAUGAGGACACGAUUACAAUAGAUACUGCCUUAUUAGUAUUCUUUAUAUAAAGAAUACUAUUUAGGAGUGUUUUAUCAAGUUUAAAGCCACUGCACGUGACAUAUUAUUGUUGACAUGAUUUGCCAAUAAGCUAGCUUAUAUAUGAAUAUGAGUGUUUGAAAUAAGUAGAAUAUAUUACAUGGCAAAAAAUUUUACUCAGAAGAUAGACUUUGAAAUUCUCCUAACAUGCAGUCAGUGUCGUCACGCAUGCUUUUACUGUCGCAGCGUCGCUUGAAUUUUUAAGCGAGCGAAGGAGAAAAACUAAUACAAAUUAAGUUUGAUCAAAUUUUGAUGCCAAAGUUGCGAAGAAACUGUUUAAUUUAAAAUGCUGUGGAAAAAAUCCAGUGAUACAUAGACUAAUUUGCUAAUGUUUUUGCUGCUGGAUUUGCCAUGAGAAACAUUAAAUCGUAGGUGUCCGGCGUCGUGUUGCUCAGUUUUAAAUUUUGAAAUUAUUGUAUUUUUUCCUUACGCGCAGAAAUAUUAGAAUCUAGCCGUUUUUAUCGGAAGCAUUGAGGGUACUUUCUGAAUAACUUAUGUUCAGUUUUUGUUGCCUAUUUCUAUUUUUUGGUAUUCGAUCCUGUAUCUUUUUCAUGGUUUUUCUCGGCUAUUUUGCACGCUUUUGCUCCAAACAUGAAUUAUCCAAACAAAAACAAAUUCAACGAAUUCCAAGCCAGUUAAUUUUACUGAUGUUACACGUGGAACUAUGUAGAUAAAAUUGUUUUGUUCCUUUGGUCUAUUCCUUCAGUCUUGUUUUCUGAUAAAUUUUGUAUUUCGAAAGCUCUUUAGUUUUUUAUAUUUUUGGCUAAAAAGCAGAGCUAGAUAAAGCGGAAAAAAAUUGGAAAAGCAGAGAAAGAACAAGGCAGUGCUACGGACUACACUACAGUGCAUUAUUGCGUCACAAUGCACCCGCAUUAACCAAUCCGAAUUGUCUGUUAUAUCCCACUUAUAUUGUAAAGAUCAUUUAUAUUGUAAAGAUCAUUCAAAACACAAAGAAAAAUUUAAAGCGUGUUGUGGUUUUAUAUGUGAUAAAAAAUCACGUUAAUUUACAUAAACUAUAGCUAAUUUGAUUUUCUCAGUUUAGACAAAGUUUAUUUUAAAAAUUACUUCGCCAAUGAACUCGUAUAAGAGGAGUCGUUUUUGAAGCUAUUUAAAGCACUUGUAUAGUCGACGUGUUUUAUCACAUAUAAAACACUCCGCUACGCGUCGUGUUUUAUAUGUGAUAAAACACUCCUACGCGUGCUUUAAAUAGUAUGUAUAGUUAUGUUAUAAAAUGCGAACUGCAGUAUGUGUCUAAAUCUUAUUGCAUUGAUAAUAAUUUGUUUAUUUCUAUGCAGUUGAUUGUGGUUCCGGAUGCAGAAAUGGUGGAACGUGUACAAGACCUGACACAUGUAGCUGCAGAAGUGGCUGGACUGGAAGCAAAUGUGAACAUGGUAAAACGUGUUAAUUCCUUUUCGUAAAUGCAGAUAAUAAUCUGGCGGCUUUAAUAAUAUUAUCUAAUGACUUAAUUACAGAUAAUUUAUAGAUAGUAAUAUAAUGCGAGCUAUAUUUGUAAAUUUUAACACGGUAUAAAUUGACCGGUAUAUAAUAGUGGAAGCUGUUGCAGUACAGGAUCUGGAACAUGUAUAGCUGCUGAACUAGCUGUACCGGACACAUGUGUCAAUAUGGGAAAAUGUGUUGAGUCCAUUUUUUCAGUAAUUGUUGCAUCUGUGAACUAUACGACCAGUGACGCACGAAUUUCAAAAAGCUGAACUAUGCCUUUAAUGAGUGUGAAACGGAUAUACAUGCUCCUUUAUAUGUAGCAAUAUCUUCAGUAAUAUAUACCUCUUUUCUGUAACAUGCGGAUUAAAACGUUCUGACUGUUCGCGAGCUCGCUGCACAUGUAACCCAUGAUAUUUUACCCUUUCGUGAGUGAUCUAUGGGAGAUAAAAAACUUAUAGUUGGUCUACAAUAACGUAACGGUUAAUUAUAAAUCAUUUAUAGAUAGUUCUGCAAUAGUAAUACAAAAUGUACUUGAAAUAUGUGUAUUUCUAUAAUUCAGCUGAUUGUGGUUCCGUAUGCAUUAAUGGUGGAAGCUGUACAGCUCGUGGAAUAUGUAGCUGCAGGAGUGGCUGGACUGGAAACAGAUGCCAAUAUGGUAAAGUGUGUUAAUUGA